AUGGAUGGGGAUGAUAUCACCAAAGCCGUGCUGAAUAAAGGGAAGCAAAUGGCUAGCGUCGCUGCGUCUGCUGCCAAUGGCAACGGCGGUAAGAAGAGAAGAAAAGGGACCGACUUGAAGCCGAUCGUCACCAACGAAGCCGCUUCACCCACUGUUGAACAGACUGUCACAGCUGAGGGAGUUCCCGCAUACGGUGUCCCACCAUCGCGAUCCCCCUCCACAUCUUCCGUCGAAGAACUCGAGACGACCGCUGAGGAGGAGGAUUCAGAAGACUACUGCAAGGGUGGUUAUCACCCGGUCACAGUUGGCGAAACGUAUAACAAUGGUCGUUAUGUUGUCGUGCGCAAGCUAGGUUGGGGUCACUUCUCAACUGUCUGGUUAUCCCGCGAUACAACCAACGGCAGACACGUCGCUCUCAAGGUCGUGCGCUCGGCCGCCCACUACACCGAAACUGCCAUCGAUGAAAUCAAGCUGUUAAAUCGCAUCGUGCAAGCCAAGCCUUCCCACCCCGGUCGCAAGCAUGUCGUGAGUUUGUUGGACUCGUUCGAGCACAAGGGUCCUAAUGGGGUUCAUGUGUGUAUGGUCUUUGAAGUCCUGGGCGAGAACCUUCUCGGCUUAAUCAAGCGCUGGAACCAUCGCGGUAUCCCUAUGGCCUUAGUCAAACAGAUUACAAAGCAGGUGCUUCUGGGACUGGACUAUCUUCAUCGGGAGUGUGGAAUCAUUCAUACGGAUCUAAAACCGGAAAACGUCUUGAUCGAGAUUGGUGAUGUGGAGCAGAUCGUGAAGGCCUACGUUAAAGAGGAAUCGAAGAAGGAUCACAAGGAAGAUAACCGCAACGGGCGGAGACGGCGUAGGACGUUGAUCACGGGGAGCCAACCGUUACCCAGCCCUCUCAACACCAGCUUCGAUCUCAGGCACAGCUCUCAUCCUUCCCACAGUAGUCUCAGUCAGAUGGUGAGCGAGUCGCCAGGUCCUUCUUCGAAUGAGGGCUCAUCGAUGAAAGAUUUGCUAGGCAUCAGAGACGAGGAUGAGAAACAAAAGCAAAGGGAGAAGACCACGGAUAUUCUGGAACGUGAAGUGUCGGGUAUCUCGCUGGAUAAGACGUCGAAUGACGAGCCGGACUGCGACAUUAUCUCCGUGAAAAUUGCCGAUUUGGGCAAUGCCUGCUGGGUAGGACACCAUUUUACCAACGACAUCCAAACGCGGCAAUACCGGUCGCCUGAAGUAAUCUUGGGUUCCAAAUGGGGGGCUAGUACCGAUGUUUGGAGUAUGGCUUGCAUGGUAUUUGAACUCAUUACGGGUGACUACCUUUUCGAUCCGCAAUCGGGCACGAAGUAUGGCAAAGACGACGACCAUAUUGCGCAGAUAAUUGAGCUCCUGGGGCCGUUCCCUAAAUCUCUUUGUCUUUCAGGAAAGUGGUCACAAGAGAUUUUCAAUCGCAAAGGAGAGCUGCGAAACAUCCACCGACUACGUCACUGGGCAUUGCCUGACGUGCUGCGCGAGAAGUAUCAAUUUUCAGUCGAGGAGAGCAUGCGGAUCAGCGAGUUCCUUUUGCCUAUGCUAGAAGUGUCCCCUGAACGACGAGCCAAUGCCGGCGGUAUGUCGUCGCACGAAUGGAUGAAAGACGCGUUGGGGAUGGAUGGAGUUGAUUUAGCUAUACCGCCGGGUAGCAGAGGAGAAGGGAUUGAAGGCUGGGCGACGGAGGUUAAGAGGAGAUGA